AUGCCCAAUCCAAAAACUGCACCUCACCCCUAUCUCGAUGUUUCAAACGCCGGCCGAGGCGUUUGGUUGGUAAAAGUACCCAAGUACAUCGCCCGAAGAUGGGAGAAAACACCAGGCAACAUAAAUGCUGGUAAAUUAAGGAUCGAAAAGUACAAAAGCCAGAAGCCGCAGAUUACCCUAGAUCUCUCAGAUGCGGUUUUGAAGUUGGAAGCGGAUAAAAUACCUAUUUCUCAUAUACUGGAUGUCUCGUCUGUCACAAAUCAAACCCUGGGAACAUUUGUCCACGUGGAAGGAGAUACUCCGGACAAAGGAAACGCAGCCCCACAGUCCGAUAAUCUUAGCAUGGGGGGCCGAUUUGUACAGAAGCUGGAGUGUCGACCGCAAGCGGACGAUUGCUACAUGAAGAUGAAACUGGAAUCAAUCCGAAAAGCUGCCCAGCCGGCCCGGCAAACCAAAACACUCGACAAAAUUGUUAAAAACUUCAAACCGGUGUCGGAUCAUAAGCACAACAUUGAGGAGAAGGCGCGUAGAAAGGCGGAAGGAAAGCACUUUCGCGAGGAUAAGAACAAGAUACUAGAUGUCCUGUUCAAUGCCUUUGAAAAACAUCAAUACUACAACAUCAAGGAUUUGGUUCGGAUUACGCGUCAGCCGAUCACUUACCUCAAGGAGAUCCUGAACGAAGUCUGCGAUUACAACAUGAAGAACCCGCACAAAAAUAUGUGGGAAUUAAAGAGGGAGUAUCGUCACUACAACGACGGAGAGAAGAAAGAGAAUAUCAACGACUGUGAUGAUAGUGACUCUAGUCAUAGUUCGUUCUAUUAA